GAAAAAGUACAAUGGCCUGCCAGAGAGGGAAUCAUCCCUAUGGAGGGCUGUACAUAAACAAACAAUGAAACUUCUCGGAUUCGGAUGCAGUGUGCAUGUCGUCAUUGAGAUGUGUGACGUCAGAAGUAAACAUAGACGUACUUGAGAUCAGCUGGUCGUAGUGUCAUCUUGUAAACUUUAUUUUGAGACAUUAUAUUUGGUGACCGAUAAACUUGACAGUCAUAAGUAGUGGUGGGUGUUGGUUAUUAAACCCGAGCUGUCGUAGAAGGUGGAGCUGGCAGCCGAAAUCCAUUUGAAGAGGUGUGAUGAUGUCAUAUCUGUUUACCGGAAGUGGGCGGUAACUAGUUACCUACACUAACAAUGGCGGCGCUACCGAGAAAUUUGAAAGUAAGUCUGCUGUGCGUAGCAAUGCUGCAGUUGAAUAAUUGCUUGAUAAGGGAAAUGGCUCAGAGCACUUCAAAUACAGACUGGCAAACUGGAAUGUCUAGAAUAAGUCAGAGAGCUGGAUAUCUUUUGCAGAGUGGGCAGUGGUCUGAUUGUACAUUUAUCGUUGGAAGUGGAAAUAAUCAAAAGACAUUGCAAGCACACCGUCUCAUCCUUGCCAUGUCAUCUCCUGUCUUUGAGGCAAUGUUCUUCGGUGGAAUGGCUGAAAAAGGUGACAAACCAGUUGAAAUAUUGGAUGUUCAGCCACAAGCUUUUAAGGCACUGUUGCAAUACAUCUACAGUGAUGAGAUUAAUCUCAAAUCCUUUGAUCAAGUGUGUGAGAUAUGCUAUGCUGCAAAGAAAUAUAUGAUACCAUCACUUGUGGAACAAUGUACUCAAUUUAUAUGGAGUGACCUUCAUCCUGGUAAUGUCUGCCGAGCCUUUGAGUUUGCUCGAUUAUUUGAAGAACCACUUUUAUUAGAAAAAUGUUUGCAGAUCAUCUGCACGAAAACUGAAGAUGUUCUAAAGGAUUCCUCAUUUGAGGAAGUGGAAAUAGGAACCCUUCGCACAAUGUUAAAGCAGGACAGUUUGACAGCGUCUGAGUUGGUCCUUUGGGAAGCUUGCCUACGUUGGACAAAACAAGAAUGUUGUAGAAUGUCACUUGAGGUCACACCAAUGAACCAGCGGAAAGUAUUAGGUGAUUGUCUUGGUUUAAUAAGGUUCUUGACCCUAAGCCCUACAGAAUUUGCCAAUGGUCCUGCUGUAUCUGGCCUUCUGGUUCAGGAGGAGAGCUUUACCCUUUUGAUGAACAUCUCAUCUCCAGGAGUAACAACAAUUCCAUCGCCCUUCAGCCAGAGCCUAAAGCGAAGAGUAAAAGUUCGAGUUCCCUCACCUCCAUCCGCAGCUCCUUCAAAUUCCAGAAGUACCGGUCCUCUUGUUCAGAAUAUGCAGUUACGAUGUGUAUGUACUGGUGAUAUUUUGGCUGGCAUAUUAGUCAAUGAGAAGUUACUUGACUGCAUGCUUUCGUUUUCAGUGGAUAGAGACGUGUGUAUAUAUGGUGUUGAAAUGCUAACCCAGUGUUUGCAACAAAGUUUAGAAGACCAACAGCCACCGACACAAGGAGCUCAUGAGUGUUAUUAUGAAAUUAUAUAUGCAUUUUUACAAGAUUCGGAUGGAAGUCGAAUAACACAUACCCAUUUCACUGCACGUGUACCAUACAGUAGUUCUAUGGAGGUCAUGUUUAAUAGACCAGCUUAUAUUUUACGAAAUAAAAUGUAUAGAAUUGGAGUAGUAUUGAACAAAGAAGGUCGGUACCCAGCACAUGUCAUUAUUCCAUACGUAACAGUAAAUGAGUUUACGUUUACUUUUGAUCGAGAGCGUUCAAGAAAUGGUCUGAUAACAGCUGUGAUAUUUGGUUGUUUCUCCCCCCCUGAACCCACACCUAGGCAAGAACAUAAUUGGAUGCCAAUGUAUUAAUUUCUGAAGACUAUUCCUCUAUGGAACGGUAUUUAUAUAAACAUUUGUUUGUUUACAGUGUUAUUUUGGAUAGUCUAGCAGUGCAAAAACUUCAGGGUACCUGUGCUGUAAUAGAUUCUUACAGCACAUGUUGCCUUAAGAAUACAGGUUGGUACAAAUGGUAGUAGGAUAUUUUGAGAUAAUGUAAAGUUUUACAUACCACAUUUUUGUGAAGGGAAGCUUUUCUAUUCUGACCCCUGGUUAUUAUAGUGUCCUAAAAAUGAACCUUUUUAACUGGUAAAACUGUUUUUUGCAGUCCAUCUCCUGUAUUAAACCUCUUUUUAAA